AUGUCGAACCGACCCACACAUCUGCAAAAAAAAGACGUCAUACAAGCCUGUCUAAGGGAACCAUUACAAAAUAGCCCCAAGAAGUCGCUUCAACCUCCCAGGGGGUUAUACAUGCUAACAAGUUUGAGUGCCUCAAGUCGACGACUGUGGACACUUGUCGGGAUAUGGAAGUCAAAGCUCUCAAUGCAGGGCAGGAACUGGAAGCCCAUUCUAGACCCCCUGACGGAAGACCUUUCCAAGAGCAGGUGUAUGUAUGUGUUUAAAGACAUUGGCGUGUUAUCUUGGAAUGUUCGCGGCCUGGUCAACAAGUUCUCGCAGAGACAGUUGAAGGAUCUCAUUUUCCUGCACAGACCGACUUUCUGCUUUGUUAUGGAACCUCAAUGCCUCUUCGGGAGACAUGAGGCCUGGCUGCAGUACUGUGGUUAUGAUCGUGUAUUUGUAUCGGAAGCGAUAGGUAGAAGUGGCGGCAUCUGGCUACUUAAGAAAACUGGACACCCAUUUCGGGUUACUGUUCUUCACACCUCGGCCCGGACCAUAUCUAUCAGCAUUGGGCGAGGUGGCUUUCAACGGGCGCUUACGGGGAUUUAUGCCUCGCCCUUUUUUCGAGAACGGCUCAGUGAUUGGGACAGCCUGAAGGCAGCUCGUAUGACUUGUAAAGGACUAGGGGACUGGAACGAGGUUACCGGCCCAUCCCACUCCACGAGAUUCUCUUUAUCACAACAUCGAGCUGAUAUUCUUAAUGAUGUCCUGCAUCAUUGCGACCUUACGAUUAUUCAGAGCAUGGGUCCGCCUUUUACAUGGCGGAGGUCCUCCACGAGAGACAAUAUUCACUCCCAGAAAUGCCUAGAUUACGCCGCAGUGGAUACAGAUUGGAUUGGAAACUUUCCCUUUGGGAUGGUGGAGAUUUUAAAUAGAGGUAAUAGUGAUCAUAAUCCGCUCCUACUGCAUUGCCAUCGCAAACCAAACAUCCAGGGGCUUCCACAAUCGCCAUUUCGGUGGCAUGAGGCAUGGGCAGACCAUCCUGAAUAUUUUAAUGUUCUUACCGACAUUGGAACCUGGGCAAUGGAGAUUUUUUGCUCAACAUGA